AUGGGAACGCACUCCCAUGGGACAACAACACCAACGCUUGACACCACACCGAUCCCGCUGCCUCGCCCAGAGUCUGCUCUGUCAAGUCCGGCGUCACACCACCGUCCAACAGUACCGCGCAGGGCCCCCCAAGGCCACGAGCCGGCGUUCAUGGCCGACCUCGUUAACGAAAGCAACCCCAAAGUAUCCCAGAAGAAUUUACGUAUUCGUACCCAGUGGAGUGUUGACCGCAAGUUUACCGGCGACUGUCCGCCCCUCUCGUAUCAAAGCACCUCUUCCCAGUCUCUCAGCGCAGGUAGUAGACACUCGCCUGCGACCCCUCGUUCAAACCUUCCUCACUCAUCGCUCCGUGCUGGCUCUGUAUUCGACCACCCCAAAGCACCCUUCCAGGCUCACCCGGCUCUCCCAGCCCAUUUUGCGCAUCCAGGGCAUCAAUUGCUGUAUAUAUCUGAGUCUCCCGUGGACUACCACCAUACCAGUCAUGAUCAGGACGAUCACGAUAUGGAGCACUGCUCCGAACAAGACGAUGUCCGUGAACGCGAACAUGAGGAAGAGGAUGAUGAUGAUGAUGACGACGAGGACGGUCAGCCCGUUUCCAAGCAUGCGCGGUUAGAGAGGCCAAUGGAUACACAGCCUAUCGUUCCCAGUCCCCUUAGGACAAAGUCGCGACCGGCCCAUAUGCUCCGUGAAGGUGGACGUGGCGAUGAGGACGAGGAUGACGACAAUGAAGAGGGACAUAACACCUUUGCAUCUUCCUCAAGUAGUCGCAAGCCUAGCAUAGGAGGAAGUCCGUUAAGGGAGGACACAAAGCCCGCGGGCAAGGCACGGGCUAAGGCCACUCCACGGAAAAAAGCACCACGGCAACCGUCUGUUCAAGCAGCGCUUGAAGAUGCGUUUGCUGAGUUGGAUGAGGAUAACCAUGGGCAGGAAGGCGCUGGAUCGCAGAGUCUUCAUGGCAAAGGUCUAGGGUACUAUGCCCCUCUGGUGUGCGAUCAUGUGGAGGCAAGAGGUGUGACCACCUACAAUGAUGUUGUCAACGACCUUGCAGGCAUUCCAGCUGGGACUCCCCAGGCUGAUCGGGCAGAUGGAACGAAUCCUCAGGAACCUGCUGGACAAGGCAACAUUCGCCGUCGAGUGUAUGAUGCCCUCAACAUUCUGCAGGCACUGGAUAUCAUUUCUAUGGACAAAAAGGAGAUUUGCUGGAUCGGCCUCCAGGACGCUAAAGUCAUUCGUGAGGCAUCCCGACGCGUCAGUGGUGCAAACUUGCCAGCCCGGACCUUGACCCAACAAGAGCGCGAUGGCGCUGACGAGAGUGAGGAGCCAGAAGAUGAUGACAUGGAAAUUGAGCAGCUUCAGAAAGAAGUCGAGGCCUUGAAGUUGAAGACUGCAUUGGAGAUGGCACAGCUUCAAGACCAAGUAGCUCGACAUGUUCAAUUGAACAAUUUGAUCAAGCGCAACAAACUGCUAGAGAGCAAAGAGCUGGAGCGACAGGAGCGCAGAAAACUUCGGAAGCAGGAGCGUGAGGAGAAGCGCGUUCACCUUGGUGAUGGUCAUAGUAAGGAUCUGGACGAGAAGCAACGAAUGAAUGGUGACGAACACAAGAAGCGUUCUGAAAGACGUCACCAUCGACACUCUACACCCCGUCCGGACAAACAGGGCGAGGGUGGUGAAGAGAGGCAAGUGGUGGGUGAUGAAACGGAAGAAGAUAUUGACGAGGAGACAGCUCGCCGGAUUCGCAAGAUGGAACGUCAGGAGCGCAGAGAGAAGCGUCAUGGCCACCACGCGUCGCGUCAAGGUACACCCCGUGUCGACCUAGGCGAAGAUGGCAGCCAUGAGCACGACGGAGCGAAUGACAAUGGGGAGGCUGGCCAGCCAGAGGAUGAAGAGGCUCGUCGGUUGCGCAAACAGGAGAGGCGAGAGAGACGCGAACGAAAGGAGAAGCGAGCUCAUAAGCGUCAGGAGAAGGAAGCUGCGAUUGAUAGGGCGAAUGCAGAGGAAGGGCAGAGGAUCCAGCUUCCGUUUGUGAUUGUUCGGAUUCCUGGAUAUGCAGGCCAGAGCUCUGACUCUGAGGCAAACAUUUCUGUUGUCCGUCGCAUGCGGGAGGAUCAGCGUCCCCGCAAAAGUGGCAAGAGCAAGAGACAUUGUGGAGUGACUGGAGAUGAGACGACGAUGGUGGAGGUUAAGAUCCCACACCAGGAUGAGCUGAGCAUUAUCUCUGACACCGAGAUUUUGGGCGAUUUGGGCAUGAACACGGUGUCGCUGAACGAGCUGAAGGAGAUGUUGCCCGAGGACAUGAUCCCGUCCGGAUGCUUUGCGACAGCGACAGGAGUCGGAGCUAGGGCAGCUGGCGAGAUUUCCAGCCACGAGAUGACUGACUCUGGAGUUGAUGUCCGCGUCACUGUCAGCAACGGCUACGAGCGCGCCAUGGUCUGCUCUUGA